GGUUACCUUCCAAACAAAGCUGCUGAUUUGUUGAAGCAAAAACAAGAGGAGGAGAAACGUGAGACAUAGAGAGAUAGGAAAGAGGGGGAGGACAGAAAGAGAUGAAAUGAGUGAUCGUGCCUUGCCACACAGACUUGAAGUGCAUUCUCCCUUAGAGACGUUAGCAAUGCUGGAGCUUAACAUAAGAGAACAACUGUAGAAUCUCCCCUGCACUCUCACUGAGCUGUGAAACCACCCGGACAGAAGCACAGCAUCAGGAAGAGUGAAGCUGAAGAGUUUUACAAAGUCUGGACGAAAGAGGAAGAGCUGAUCUAAUAACAGGAAGGGGGCUUUUUUAGUGUGUGGAGGCGAAUCGGGGGAGUCAGCAUUCUGAGGAUGUACCAGGGGAGCUGCUGAGCGUUUGGCUUCUGUACCCCCUUUCACACACCAACACACACCUUCCACAGGAGGACAGUGUGUGGUGCCCCCAGUGGAGAAUGAAGAAGCACUCGGCACGAGUGGCUCCUCUCAGCUCAUACAGCACUCAGGUCCUAACCUGCCCCAACUCUGAAGGAGAGGAUGGUUCCGAGUCUCGUCCAGAAACCCCAGGCAGUGAGACAAGUAUAGAGAUUCGGUCCUACCAAACAUGUGCCAACACAGUUCUGAAGGUGCUCGGCGGUCUUUUGAUGCUUCUCUGCGUGUCCUCCUCCUGGGUGGGUACCACUCAGGUGGUGAAGCUGACCUUCCAGUCAUUUUCCUGUCCCUUCUUCAUCUCCUGGUUCAGCAGUAACUGGAACAUCCUCUUCUUCCCCAUCUACUACUCUGGACAUUUCUUUACUGCCGGCGAGAAGCAGACUCCCAUUCAGAAAUUUAGGGAGUGCAGCAAACUCUUUGGGGAGGAUGGUAUGACUCUCAAGCUUUUUGUUAAAAGGACAGCUCCCUUCUCCAUCCUAUGGACGCUGACCAACUACCUGUACCUCUUAGCCUUGAAGAAACUAACAGCCACUGAUGUCUCUGCACUCUUCUGCUGCCACAAAGCCUUUGUCUUUCUCCUCUCAUGGAUCGUCCUAAAGGACCGUUUCAUGGGUGUUCGGAUAGUUGCAGCCAUAAUGGCCAUCACAGGUAUUGUCAUGAUGGCUUAUGCAGAUGGAUUUCAUGGGGAUUCCUUUGUGGGUGUGGCUCUGGCCGUGGGCUCUGCCUCGACUUCAGCUCUUUAUAAGGUUCUUUUCAAGAUGUUCCUCGGCAGUGCCAACCUUGGAGAAGUUGCGCAUUUUUUUUCAACAAUGGGCUUCUUCAACCUUAUUUUUAUCUCCUGUGUUCCCCUCAUCCUCUACUUUACCAAAGUGGAGCAUCUGGGUUCCCUUUCCUCGCUACCCUGGGGUUACCUGUUUGGACUAGCAGGACUGUGGCUGGUUUUUAAUAUUCUGGUCCAUGUGGGAGUGGUGCUGACUUACCCCAUCCUCAUCUCCAUUGGGACACUGCUCAGUGUGCCGGGAAAUGCAGCUGUAGAUGUUUUGAAACAUGAGGUGAUUUUCAGCGUGGUGCGUCUGACAGCCACCUGCAUCAUCUGCCUUGGGUUUCUACUCCUCCUACUGCCGGAGGAGUGGGACUCAGUUACUCUUCGAUUCCUGGCCAACAUUGCUGAUAAGAAGUCAGAGGAACACGGAGAGGAACUGACGGAGUCCAGUGGCCAGACUCGAAGUCGGAGUCGAGCAAACGGCGCCAUCUCCAUUCCCUUGGCAUGAUAUGGCUGGAUUCUCAUGUUAAUAAUGGUCCAUCUGCUUCCACCCUGAGGUUCUGGGAGUAAGCUCAGUCUAUGUGGACUUCAAAUCCAGGAGGACAACACUGACUCAGAUAAAAUGUAAUCGUUACUUUCCACU